UGAUGGGAGCGUGAACUCUGGCGCCCAACGCUCAGGUGCACUUUCCAAACCAACAGUUCUCUUCUUACAGUGCAGUUAAAUUGGACCUCACUCUGUAUUGUCUGUAAGUCGUUAACUUUCUUAGAAGUAAAUCAUGUGUUACUAGUCGAGAUUUGUCCUGGAUUUACGCGAUGGCAAAGGAGUAAAUCUCAAUGGCAAAGAUGCUUGGGGACUGGGAUGUAACUUUGACACCGUGGUCUUAUGGAAUAUAGCCCGAUCUUAAGCAGUCUACAUGUUGUGCCAUCACCCCACGUGAAAAACAAACUUUUCGUCUUUUGCAUCAUGCUGUCCCUUUGGGUGUACAUGAUCUACUGUUGCGUGGGUUACUGCUCAACGGUGCCCAGCCUGAGGUACGUGAACAGGCACGGGAACGACAUGGAUGUAGUGGAGAGUCUCGGCGCGUCCAGGGACUUGCUGAACAAUAAUGAGAACGAUCUGGACAGCCGAGGGGAAGAGUGGGACGAGCCGAGGAGCGAGAGCAAGGCGCUGGAUGAUAAUGCCAUGACAGGUUUCCUCAAUGAGACUAAGAAGUUGCCCCAGGCCAUCAUCAUCGGGGUGAAGAAAGGAGGGACCCGCGCGCUGCUCGAGUUUCUGCGCCUGCAUCCGGACGUGAGAGCCGUAGGAGCAGAGCCGCACUUCUUUGACCGCAACUACGUCAAGGGACUCGAGUGGUACAGAGACUUGAUGCCAAAGUCAUUGGAGGGCCAGCUCACUAUGGAGAAGACCCCCAGCUACUAUGUGACCAAGGACAUCCCCUCUCGGAUCUACAACAUGUCCAAAGACACUAAACUCAUUGUGGUGGUCCGGGAUCCUGUCACCCGCGCCAUCUCAGACUACACCCAAACUCGCUCUAAGAAACCGGACAUCCCAUCUUUUGAGAGCCUCACCUUUAAAAACAUGUCCUCAGGUCAAAUAGACACCUCGUGGAGUGCUGUGCAGAUAGGGAUGUACGCUAAGCACCUGGAACGCUGGCUGCAGUAUUUUCCCAUGGAGCAGUUGUUGUUUGUUAGUGGAGAGCGACUCAUUAGUGACCCUGCUGGUGAAAUGGCGCGGGUACAGGACUUUUUAGGGCUGAAGAGGGUUGUGGAUGAAAAGUACUUCCACUUUAACCCAGCGAAGGGAUUUCCAUGCCUGAAGAGACCAGAGAGCACCAGCAAACCACACUGUCUGGGCAAAACCAAAGGCAGGACUCACCCCAACAUUCACCCAGAUGUGGUGCAGAAGCUACGAGACUUUUACAGACCGUUCAAUAUGAAGUUUUAUGAGAUGACUGGCCACCAUUUUGGCUGGGAUUGAAAAAAAAAUCAUAUGGCAGACUAAUUGUUUUUAUAAUUAAGAUGUUUUAUAAUGUACAGUAUUGGGGAAAUAUGUAAAAAGUUGAGAAAUCUAUUUUAUGAUAAUUUAUUGUCAAGUCACUCUGCUGUGCUGUCUAACUACCCACACACCAUUCAUUUGAUCACACUGAGAUACGGGUAAUAUGAGUCAUGGAUAUGUUUUAUCUUUGUUGCUGACAUGCCAGUAACAUUAAGCUUUUGUUCUGGGGGCAAUAACUGACUAAAUUAUAAUUAUGUAACUAUCCUGACAUUGGAAAAGACAGCAUUUGAAUUAUAGUGGAAAUACUCUAUUGUGUCAUUUAAAGCGCUGGCUGCAGUAUUUUUCCCGUGGAGCAGUUGUUGUUUGAUAGCGGAGAGCGACUCAUUAGUGACCCCGCUGGUGAAUAGGAUCAGUCAGUUUACAUAAUAGACAAGACAUUUUAAAGAAGCACUUUUUUAGUUGGUGGUCUUUCACCUGCUUGUUUCUAUGGAUAUGUCACUACUCUGCUUGGAAUGUUCCACAGCAUGACAUUAAACAGCUCUACCUUACAUAUAUUCAAUUACAGGUGGUUUUACAUUUCAAAGAUACUCGCAGAAACAAACAUUCUAACUGUGAGCGGGGUUGCCUGUCCACAGAUCUGACCCAUAACUUGGUCUGGUUUGGUCUCCUUGAAGGUAGAAGUUUAAUGCCAUGCUGUGAAACAGUCCAGACAAAGCAAUGAUGGAGAAAAGCAUUUGACAGACCCUCCACCAGUUACAUAAUGCAUUGUUAAUGUAUUCACUUUGAACCUGAUGAUGCAAAAAGCAGAAAAAAGCAAAUUAAAAUCAAAGUUUUUUGUUUUUUGUUGCCAAUUUCUGACAUCAUAAAAAGGUGAUGGUUCUUUGCAAAAUCCUUGAACAACUCCCACAAUUCAUCUUCAGUCCCAAAUAAACAUAAAACAGCAUAAUUAUUUCUCUUUAACUUUAUUUGACUUCUCCCAAAUGCAGCUUAACGUCCAUGUUGGAAGUGAAUGAGAUCUUACACGGCAAACAGUUGGUAAUUUCCCCUUAACAUGAGUGCGACCCUCUGUGUAACCACUUAGGCAGGUCAAUACUGGCCCCAGCUGAUCUAGUGCCACUACACAGGUGAAUCAAUACAGUAAUAGCUCCUCAUCAUGUCAAUUAGAUCUGAGUGAUGGCUCCGCUUCCAUCUCCAGAACAGCGCAAUAAAACAUGAAGCUCUUAUAUUAAUGCUUGCAAGUUUAUGGUUGACCCUGGAGGCAACUUCGGCAUAAUACAAUAACAUUUGUUUCCAGUGCUUUGUUUUGGCUUAAGCGCUGUUUAUACAAGGUGCACAAUCAAACAAGGCUUAGAAAAUCCAAAAGAAGCGUGAAAGAUCCAAAACUCACACAAUUAUUUAACAAAACAUUCUUAUUAGUUAUUCAGAUGCUUUAGAAUUGUUGUAGACAUCUGUAAAAGGAGAAGAAAUUAUUGGUUGUGUUUUACUCAGCCAGAGUGCAUGAUUCAUUCUUAAAUAGUGUAUCCUUGUUGCUAUGACGAAGGUUAGCCAGACUCAAGGUAUUCUUUUAUAGACAACAAUUAGAUUCAGUAAUAUACAGCAUAAUAAUAAGAUGAUUGACAGGAGAAGACAACAGCGUUCUAUUUCUCAUUCACUGUAUUCCCACAGACAACUCUGUAAAGUAGGUGACUGACAUUUCCAAUACAU